AUGCCUCCUCCGUCUCGCCAACGGGAUGUCAUGGAACCACCACCCGAAGUUAUCCAUGAAGCAGUCAAGGGAUUCAUAACGGGUGCCGCCCGUUUCGGCUCAAUCUCACUGUUAGCCCACCUAAUCCUCCUCCUUCCCCAUCCGCUCCGCUUCGCCUCCUCCUCUCCGCCCUCUAACAACGCCGCCACGACCCCUUCAACAACCCCCAACCCUCACCCACAAGCGCAGCCACAUGCACAUCCCAAACCGCCCCCAAGCACCCCCCUCCUCUACCGCCCUCUAACCCGCCUCUCCGCCAACCUCGCCCCGGCCUCGCGCGUCUACCGCGGCCUGACACUGCAGUUUAAAGUGUUCCUGCAGCUGAGCGUGAUGGCAAUGGGCGGCUAUGUUUGGGCUGAGAAGAGGGUUAAUGAGUAUCUGGAGCUCAUGAGGAAGGUGAAGAGGGUGGAAAGGGCUGAGGCGGAGGCUCGGGGAAGGAGGUGA